UAAAUUUGUUCAAUGUAAAUGCAUCUGGUAGCAUUAUUUUGUUAUUUCUAUAAUUCACAAAUAAACAAUCUCGCUUUGACAUUAUAUUGAGACGGGUUGGGAGUUUUAAAACGAAAUUUGUAUAUUUUUUAAACUUAUAUUCUAUAUGAAAAGAAUAUUACACUUAAAAUGCAAAAGCAACAGCAAAAACAGUACAACCAAUUUGACAACAUGUUCAUACCAAUAUCACCUCAAGCACACACAAUGCCUCCUCCCUCUGGAGAACCAUGGAGUUUGGAGGAAAUGCCAUGGAACUUAGCCACUACAAGCACUACAGCUAAUAGCGGUGUAAUGGAAUUCACUGGAACUACAAAUCGUGUUUCACUGCAUCAGAAACGUAAAUCAGGCUUACCUGUUGAGUCAAGACCAACGAAGCAAUAUAUAUCUGAGGAAAAAUUCACAGCGCAUUUUAAUGGAUUGCAUAUUUCAAGUGAAUAUAUACAAGACGAAAGUAACAAUAGUGAAAACAUGAAAAAAUCUGCCGGAAAGUGUUUUACAAAUCUAAGCUAUCAAGAUUAUCAACUAACCGCUAAAGAACUAGAGCAAAAACUUAAAAAUGCUAAUCGCAUAAGUGUAUGUGAUGAAUUAAAAAAACUACAAGGGCCACAAAAAAAUUCAACAUUUUUACCACAAGUAUUAAUGAAUAGAUAUGAAAAGCCCUGUACUGCAUUAGUUCUUUGGAAGCCACCAUCAACAUUAGCACUACGUUCGUCACUGUCAACUGAGAACGACAACAAACUUUUUACUAACAAGAAAAAUGAUUUUGACUCUCCAGUUGACGAAGAUUUUGAAUCUGCAGAUUCAAUACUAGACCCAAUUGAGUUUUCUGAUAAUAAUAAUAUAUUUACGGUAGACUUAAACAAUCUAAAGCCAGAUAGUAUGGAUGAAGAUUUAUAAACUUAAGUGAUUGUGAUUUUAAAUAUUUGAUAUAUUUUCAUUAUUUUAAAUUUUUUUUUAUUAUAUUUGAUGGCAAAGUUGAUUUAAAUUCGCUUAUGCCACUCAUUGAUGUAGUUUAAAAAGGAUGAAUAUUUUCGUAAGUGAUACAAGUAAGUUUUCCUUUAACUGGAAACACUUUCUAGCAUCGUUCAUCGUUUCUUUAUUCCACACUUUUUCGACAGUGCGUGAAUGGGACUGAAGUGUAUUUCCUUAAUUUACUCAUUGCGCACUGUUAGGAAAUUAUUAUGAUGGACUGAUGCAGAUAUAUUUUGUAUGUAAAGUGUUUAAGCUGUAUUUAACAUAAUAAUGCUUAUUUCUCAAUUAAUAAUAAUUUUAUUAAUAAAAACAUAAAAAUAAACACAUGAUG